ACUCUCAAGACAAAAAAUUGCAGAGCUUAGAGUGCUAAGCAAGCAAAAAAAACGCCAUGGAUGCACAGCAACAACAGAGACAACAACCCCCACGGCCUGGCGGCGCCGGUGACGGAAGCGGCGGCGGAGAUUUCACUCCGAUAUUCACAGUGCUCAUUGCCUUUAUUGCCAUUUUCGCAUUGGUCGUGGCUCCUUCUAUGUCAACACUAAAUAACAGUUUAUCCGUGUUACAUCAAGUGCCGGAAGGUCAUGUUGGAGUCUAUUGGAGAGGAGGUGCCCUUUUAAAUACAAUAACUGAUCCAGGUUUUCAUAUGAAACUGCCCUUUAUAACUCAGUUUGAACCCAUUCAAGUUACUCUUCAAACAGAUCUGGUGAGGGAUAUUCCUUGCGGAACGAAAGGAGGCGUGAUGAUCAACUUUGACAAAAUAGAAGUUGUUAACCGCCUUCGGAAGGACCACGUGUAUGAUACUCUGCUGAAUUAUGGGGUCAAUUAUGAUAAUACAUGGAUAUACGACAAGAUCCACCAUGAGAUCAAUCAGUUCUGCAGUUCUCACAGCCUUCAACAAGUUUAUAUUGACAUGUUCGAUCAGAUCGACGAAAGAAUGAAAGAUGCACUUCAGGCCGACUGCACACGAUAUGCUCCAGGUAUUGAGAUUCUCAGUGUACGUAUUACAAAACCUAGCAUCCCAGAGAGCAUAAGACGAAAUUUUGAGAACAUGGAACAGGAGCGCACCAAGGUCUUGAUUGCAGUAGAGAGACAAAGAGUUGCUGAGAAGGAAGCAGAGACACAGAAAAAGAUAGCAAUUAGUGAAGCUGAAAGAAAUGCUCAUGUUAGUAAGAUCCAGAUGGAACAGAAGUUGAUGGAAAAAGAUAGUUUAAGGAAGCAAGAAGAAAUUGCAAAUUCAAUGUACCUAGCUCGUGAAAAGAGCUUGGCAGAUGCAUCUUACUAUCGAACAAUGAAAGAAGCAGAAGCAAACAAGCUGAAGCUUACUCCACAAUUUCUAGAACUGCGAUUCAUUGAAGCUAUAGCCAACAACUCGAAAAUAUUCUUCGGAAACAAGGCAAGACUCAUCUUCUUAUUAGAUCUAUCUGCACUGAACUCUAUCCCCUUUCUUGAGUUUAUGGUACUUUGUGCUUACAAAAAUAUAAUUUCAGGUGCCCAACAUGGUUCUUGACCAAAGGCUACUUGGAAACUUUUUGCAAGAGGGUGUGCCGCACACGGAGUCUUAGGGGUGUACUGUUUAUGCUCGUUUAUUGAAGUUUGAAAGUAGAGAUUUUCUGGUACAUCACACGGAGAAUGAUACAAUAUAUUGGUCUAUUUGUAUAUUUCAUUCUGUAGUAUUCUGAAUCAAGUUUAUACCGCUCUUUGGACGUGGAAACUCUACAUUCUUGAUAUGCUAUUUGCUUGUGUAACUCCACGGAAUUGUGAAUAAGCAAUGCCUAUUGCGUA